GGUGCCGCAGCGCUGGAACAGAGCGGAAAGGCUGCGGCCUCGAACAUUGGUGCAACGCGCGCUGCUGCAUUGUACGGCGUGGGGGCAGCCCCAAAUUUGGUGCAGUCCAACAUCAGGCCUAGCUUCGGCACAAGACGAUGAGGCCGCUCCUCGCGACCCUCCUCUUGGCCGCAACGGCUGACGAGCAGCACGCGAAGCAUGGAAUAGCACCAUUGAACGCGGGCGGCUGGAUUAACAAGGACGACGCCGAGACGCACACGGCGAUGCUGUACUUUCAUUCCUUCGUGCCGCCCUUUGUGAGUAUAGACGAGAACGCCACUUUAACGGUAAGCGACCAGUGGCGCGCCCACGGCGACACCGAAGUAAGGCAGAGCUUUGCGCGAUUGACACCUUUUCAGGAGAACUCGGCGGGCGCUUUAUGGUCGGCGUUUCCGUUUGGAGAUGCGGCGAAUUCCGAAAGAUUGAGUAUUGUGAUGACGUUUCGGCUGUCGGGGCGAGCCCAAGCGCUGGACGCGGGCGAAGGUUUGGCGUUGUGGUUAAGGGAAGGACCCUUUGUAAGUGGAAAGGCGUUUGGCGCGUCCGACAGAUUCGUUGGGGCUGCCGCUCUAUUUGAUACGCGCGUGAAUCAGGUGCGGCUGGUCGCCUCGGACUCGCUGCCGGACGAUCCCAGUGACCGAGAACCUAUAUUGGAAGCUGCAGCAUGUGAUGUAUCAUUGCGGAAGGACGCGUCUAGGGACGAUUAUAAUCAUAGAAACAAGUCGCGAGCACGACUCGUCGCGACGCCGAAUCGCCUGCGACUCUUAAUAGACGAGGCCAAUCAAAACGAGUGGCGCCUGUGCGCCGACGUCGAAGUGCCGAAGAGGGUAGCUGAAAGGGGUGCGGCCUGGCUCGGCGCCGCCCACCUAGGCGUGUCCGCGGCGACGGGGACGUCCAGAGACUCGCACGACGUCGUCGGCGUCGAAGCCUUUGCGGAUAGUAGAGCACACGACGCCCACCUACAAACGGGCUGGCGCAAGUUCCUACCAAGAGGCACGGAGGCGCCUUUGGACAAUGAGCGAUUGAAGGCCAUCGAAAAAAUGGUCGACUGGAUGAGUUUCAAGCUAGAUCAUCUGAGUCAUGUCUUCGAGCACUCCACAGCCGCGUUUAGCGCACAAGUGGACCGAGGCGAAGACGAGUUCGAGGCGAUUGUGGAUGAUGAGCACAACCGCCUCAUGCAGCUCGACGAUAGCAUCGAGGCGUCGCUGUCCGAGGAUCUCGAGCGGCGCGUCCUGGAGCUGCAACUCGCCUUCAAGUCGAAUUUUGAAGAUAAGGUCGCUGACCCCGAGAACGGCCUCGACGCGACGCUGUCCGAGAAGGUCGUGCCCGAGGUCUUGCAGCCCUUCGAGGACUCGUGGCGGCGGCCGUUCUUGGUGCUGGUCGGCGCGCACGUCGUCUUCGGCGUCGGGGUCGUGGUGCUCAUGCGGCGCGUGCGGAAGAUGGUUUAA